GUGGUUGAAGUGGCCAAUAGACAACCGCUGGUGGACCGAUUCCGGGGUUCUGCCGCCGAUGCCAGACCUCAUCUCAUCGAAGACACAACACAUCUCUACUACCACCUUCAUCAAACAAGUUUUCAACGUUCACGUUCACGGGAUAUAUCAGUAUAUCAUAUCAAACAAUCAUCCCACCCGUGAACCGCAACCAUGCCGCCCACCCGCAUCCCCACAGCCGAAGACUUCGCCCCCCUCUCGCCCUCCCUCACCGUCUCCCUGGUCUUCCCCUCGCCCCCGGAAUCCACCACCGCCAUCCUGCUCCUCUUCCACGGCCUCGGCGACUCGGAGGCCUCCUUCGCCUCCUUCGCCCGCAGCAUCGCCCUGCCCGGCGUCCUGGCCGUCUCCGUCCGGGGCCCCGCCCCGCUGCCGCCGUCUCUGCUCGGCGACGACACCGACGGCCCCGCGCGGCACUUCCACUGGGGCGACGACCUGACCCUGGCACACGGGACGGGCGAGCUGGAUCCCGACCCGGGGUUUAAGGGUGCGGAGAGGCUGGUCAUGGAGAGGCUCGUGGGGGAGGUCCUGGUGGAGAGGUGUGGUUGGGAGUUGGGUGAUGUUUUGCUCUUCGGCUUUGGGCAGGGCGGGUCGUUCGCGUUGGGCCUUGCGUCGAGGGCGAGGAUGGGGAAGAGGGUUGAGGAGGUGACGGAGGAGGCGAGCGAGGCGGAGCAGGGGAGGGGAAGGACGUUCAAGGGGGUCGUCUCGAUUGGGGGUCCGCUGCCACCCAGUAUGAUCCCUACUAUCAGUGCUAGGGAGAAAGCAAGAACUCCGGUACUCGUCUGCCAUGGCAGCGCGAGCGAGGCUGUUGAUGAGGAUGCUGUUGAGACUCUCAAGGAGGAGUUUGCAGACGUCAAGGACGUAAAAUGGAAGCGGCCAGAUGAUGACAUGCCUCGGAGCAGAGAAGAAGUCCUCCCCAUGAUGGAAUUUUUUGCUGAUAGGCUACGGAGUGGAUGGUGAGGUAGAGGAAUUAAAAGUAAUAAAAUAAAAUGAAAAAGGAACGGGAAAAAAAAGAAAAUCAGCAGUAUAGAGAGCAGAUAUCAAAAGUCUUCGGACAGAAGAGAUAAGAUCUCUUCUGUCCUAAUGUCUCCCCCGGCCCGAACCCACUCCUCCGCCAGAUGCACAGUUUGACCUGAACCAACAUGACCAUGCGGCCGCCUGCUG